AUGCCAAUGUAUGCCCUUGCAACAGUUCCUCUUUUGACAAAGGUUAGCACAAAAGAGACAACACAAGUUUGGUAUGCUGACGACGCUGCAGCAGGUGGGAAACUUAACUUCUUAAGACAAUGGUGGAAUAAACUCAACACAUUUGGCUCUUCCUUGGGCUACCUGCCUAAUGCAAAGAAGUCAUGGCUGAUAGUUAAAGAAGAAAACAUUGAUGCAGCAAGAGCUCACUUUGAAAACACAAAUAUCAACAUCACUACGGAAGGUAGGAAAUAUCUAGGAGCUGCUCUAGGAACAAAGAAAUUCUGUGACACUUUUCUCAAGAACAAAGUUGAAAACUGGACUAAGGAAAUUGAACGUCUCUCUGUCAUCGCCAAGACACAGCCACAUGCAGCUUACUCAGCUUUCACUCAUGGAGUAAGCAAAAGAACCAAUUUACGGAAACUGGCUGGAGAGAUACUGCCUCAGAAGAGUAACAGCACUGAUGAUGAGGCCAGGCUGGACAUCUCCGCGUGUGGUUUCUGGGGUGGUAGAUUUCAGAAAACAUACUUUGAUGUCAGAAUCUUUAAUCCUCAUGCUCAGUCAUAUACAUCAUCAGCAAUAUCAUCUCUGUACAGGAAACAAGAAAAGAAACGUAAAUACGAGGCUCGAAUCAGAAGAGUCGAACAAGCUUCUUUCACACCACUGAUAUUCUCUUGCACAGGAGGAGCAAGCAAUUUAACAUCAACAAUCCUGAAACGACUGUCAUCUCUCGUCUCAGAAAGCAGGAAAUGGCCUACAAGGUGCAGAUCCAAAGCAAAGCGCCCAAUUACUAACAACAGUAUUCUCUUGGCUUCUGCUGAGAGUGGCUUGGAAGCAGAGAGAGUGACAACUGGACAUGUAGAACAGUCAUCAGAGACUAUUACGGGAGGACAGAUCAAAGCUGGAAUUGAAACUGUCAAUGAACUAGAAGUCAUGGUUGAAGAAGAGACAGUAAUUGAAAAAGCUACAACUGAAGGAGAGGCCGUUAAUGUCUCAAAUAUGCAAGACGACAAGCACAAAAUGAAGGUCAUGUUGUCAGAAUCAUGCUCUAACACUGUCUUAGGAGCAGAACUUCUGGCAACCGAACAAGUGAAACAGACCGCAGUUGAAGGAGCGGCUGAAGUGAGCGUAGAAAUUAAAGCUGCUGGUGAAAUUAUGAACGGACUACAUGAAGAGGUUAGAAUUGAAGAAAACUCUACAACUGAAGAAGAGGACUUUGUUGCAGCAAAUAUACAAAACAACAAGAAGAUUGACUCUCUUGAAUCAUUUGAAAGCAACAGCAGCGAUACGAGAGAAACAGAGACUUCAAGCUUAGAAACAGAUCCGGUGACAGCUGGACAUUCAGGACAGACCGCUGCUAGAUCAGAAGCCUCAGUGGGAGGAGAAAUCGACGCUGCAAGUAAAACCGUAAAUGAACCAGAAGUCACUGCUCAAGAAGAGGCCAUAACUGAAGAAGCUACUACCAAAGGAGACGCUCUUGUUGUAUCGAGUAUAUGGAAGGACAGAAACCAUGCACACGAAUCUUCUGAAGACAGCAACAGUAUGAUAGACAAAGAAACGUCAAGCUUAGAAACAGAUCCUGUGACAGCUGGACAUUCAGGACAGACCGCUGCUAGAUCAGAAGCCUCAAUGGGAGGAGAAAUCGACGCUGCAAGUAAAAUUGUAAAUGAACCAGAACUCACUGCUCAAGAAGAGGCCAUAACUGAAGAAGCUACUACCGUAGGAGACGCUCUUGUUGUAUCAACUAUGCGGAACGACAGAAACCAUGCACACGAAUCUUCUGAAGACAGCAACAGUAUGAUAGACGAAGAAACGUCAAGCUUAGAAACAGAUCCGGUGACAGCUGGACAUUCAGGACAGACCGCUGCUAGAUCAGAAGCCUCAAUGGGAGGAGAAAUCGACGCUGCAAGUAAAAUUGUAAAUGAACCAGAACUCACUGCUCAAGAAGAGGCCAUAACUGAAGAAGCUACUACCGUAGGAGACGCUCUUGUUGUAUCAACUAUGCGGAACGACAGAAACCAUGCACACGAAUCUUCUGAAGACAGCAACAGUAUGAUAGACGAAGAAACGUCAAGCUUAGAAACAGAUCCGGUGACAGCUGGACAUUCAGUACAGACCGCUGCUAGACCAGAAGCCUCAAUGGGAGGAGAAAUCGACGCUGCAAGUAAAAUUGUAAAUGAACCAGAACUCACUGCUCAAGAAGAGGCCAUAACUGAAGAAGCUACUACCGUAGGAGACGCUCUUGUUGUAUCAACUAUGCGGAACGACAGAAACCAUGCACACGAAUCUUCUGAAGACAGCAACAGUAUGAUAGACGAAGAAACGUCAAAUUCAUCAUCACAAGACAGAAGUAUUGGUCAAACCAGACAGCUGCAAUCCUUAUCGGAUCGAUGUCUCGGUUUCUUUGUGAUAGGAUUUAUUUUGGGAGCUUUAAUUAAUAACUAUUUCACUUACUGGGACAAGAUAAUUUGGGGGCUUGUCCUAUUAUGGUACUUUUAUGUUAAAUUGCUCUAGCUUAACAUUGUCAGAUUGUGACGUAGCAGCAGAUUAUGAGUAAUUUAGUAUGCUACUCAAAGUUUGUGAAAAAUCUUUCCACAUAUU